AAAAAGAGGCCAUCGUUGAUCACAAUUAAUUAUCCGUAGCUCAACAGAGAGCUGAGAAGGAGCUAUCUGAUGGGUGCGUACACAGCUCUGACGCCGAUCGUUAGCAAGAUCUUCUGCAGCAACUCGCAGGCCGUGCUGAUGGUGCGGCGGCGCCCUCCCACGGUGAGCGGCGGCGGGUUCGUCGUCACCGACCGUGAUCAGAGGGUCGUCUUCAGCGUGGAUGGCUGCGGGAUCAUCGGGGCCAGCGGGCAGCUCAUCGUCAGGGACGGUGAUGGCACUGCCAUCCUCUUCAUCCACAAGAAGGGAGGCAUUGUUCAAGCAUUGAGCAUUAACAAUUGGUGGAAGGGAUAUCUCAUGGAUUAUGGCGAGCCAAGCAAGCUGAUUUUCAGCUUGCAAGAUCCUAAGCCGUUACUCUGCAUGAACGGCGAUGUCAGGGUCACUGUUGAACCAAAGGGAAGAAAGAGGCACUGGGAUUAUGAGGUGACCGGUUCAUUUUCUCAGAGAGCUUGCGCCGUCAGGAGCCGAGCAGGCCAUGUCGUGGCACAGAUUGGAGUGAAAGGGAUGCUGGUUGGUAAGGACUUCUACCAUGUGGUGGUGCAGCCAGGUUAUGACCAGGCAUUUGUGGUUGGUGUAAUUGCCAUUCUUGACAACAUUCAUGGAGAAUCCACAAGGUGUUAAUAGCGGUCACUCCGUAAGCUUUGUACUAAUAGCAAUUUGUAUCAACUGCGUUGGUUCAAUAUUAGUUGAACUGUUUGAUGUCUUUUCCCCACUUUUUUUCAUACACUAGCAGCAGAUAAUAUGUUGUAAAGACUGUAAAUUGGUUAUUGGUGAGAAGUUUACUCUAUUGGACACAAAUAAUAUGUAUAAUUUAAUUCGCCGUCCUUCAGGUUAGACGAACACUUCUGUUUGUA